AUGCAUCGAACAUACUCUAUGCGCCAAUCGCGCGCUCCUACAGCUUCUCAGAUUGAGAACCCCCCUCCGCCGCCGUCUUCCACAAAAAGUGGGCGCCUAUUCGGUCGAGGCAACUUUGGACAUGCUUUUCGAAAGGGGACCGCUGGCGCAUUUGGGCCAGACCUAGCCAAGAAGCUUUCUCAGCUCGUUAAGAUGGAGAAAAAUGUCAUGCGCAGCAUGGAACUAGUGGGUCGAGAACGAAUGGAGGUCGCUCAACAACUCUCCCUGUGGGGUGAAGGCUGCGACGAGGACGUCAGUGACGUGACGGACAAGCUCGGUGUUUUGAUCUAUGAGAUUGGCGAACUGGAAGAUCAGUUCGUGGACCGCUACGAUCAAUACCGUGUUACCAUCAAGUCGAUCCGAAACAUCGAAGCGUCGGUGCAGCCUUCGCGAGAUCGCAAGCAGAAGAUUACGGACCAGAUUGCGCAGCUCAAGUACAAAGAACCCAACAGCCCCCGAAUCGUCGUUCUCGAGCAGGAACUUGUCCGAGCCGAGGCCGAAUCGCUCGUGGCCGAAGCGCAGCUUUCCAACAUCACCCGCGAAAAGCUCAAGGCGGCUUUCAAUUACCAGUUUGAUGCGAUUCGCGAACAUUGCGAGAAGGUCGCCAUCAUUGCUGGCUACGGAAAGCACCUGUUGAAUCUCAUCGACGACACCCCCGUCACGCCGGGCGAGACGCGCAAUGCGUAUGACGGGUAUGAGGCUUCCAAGGCCAUCAUUCAGGACUGCGAGGAUGCCUUGACCAACUGGGUGUCGUCCACGGCACAGGUCAGCGCGAAGCUGUCCACUCGGUCACGUACUCUCAGCCAGAGACGGAAAGCUAAGGCCGAGGGAGUUGAUCUGGCCAGUCAGGACCCCCCAAUGAAGAACGACCGCGACGGCUGGGUCCCGGCGGGCCAACACGGUGAGUAUGAGCAAGAAGAAGAGGAGGAGGAAGAAGAGGAAGAAGAGGAGAGACCGCAACAGACCAAUGGUGAGUUCUUGAUGCCGGCGUUUGCACGCGCCCGUUCUCCUCCACAGCUUGGACAUGAGAUCUCGGACACUAACUCGGAUUCUACACCACAGGUCAACAUGCCGUGGCCGCUUAGGAAUCAGGUGCGAUCUCCACCAACACGAGCUCGAUUGCGGACGAAGAUGGCAUGA